AUGCCAGUCGACAAGAUCCGAGUAUCGGGUGACUCCCGCAUUGAGUACAAGACCGCUACCCUGCACGGCCAUAACUACUCUUACAUUCUCAGCCAGCCUAAGUCAGGGCAAUACAAAGCUACCGUCUUCCUGAUCCAUGGAUUCCCCGAUCUCUCUAUGGGAUGGCGAUACCAAAUCCCCAUGCUCGUAGACAUGGGUUUGCGGGUAGUAGCUCCCGACUGCCUCGGAUACGGACGAACAGACGCCCCGGACGAUUUCACUCCGUAUGCCCACAAAAGUUGCGCAGCGGACAUCAAAGCCCUAGCAACCCAUCUAGGCGAAACCCAAAUCAUCCUAGGUGGACAUGACUGGGGCGCAGGACUUGCCUACCGUAUCGCCCUCUGGCAUCCAGAACUAGUAAGCCACCUAUUCACAGUCUGCGUGCCUUAUGCACGACCCAUGGCCAAGAACAUCUCUAUCGAAGACCUUGUCCGUAACGUGACACCGCACUUUGCAUAUCAGUUGCAGCUCAAGAGCGGGGAGGUGGAGAAGGCUAUUCAGUCUAAGGAUGAGAUUCGUCAAUUUUUGCUUGCGCUUUAUGGGGGGUCGCACCGAGGCGGGAGUUGGAGUUUUAUACGAAUGAGUUUGCUCGGCAUGGGGUUCAUGGACCACGUAUGGUAUCAUCUGGAUUCGUUGGUGAAGUUCUUGCUAAUUAUUUCUAUAGUUAACUGGUACCGCACUCGCGACGUGAACUACAAAGAUGAGCUCGCUAUUCUUGACAGGGAGAUUCAGAUUCCUACAUUGUUUAUCCAGGCGCUGAGGGAUCAGGCUCUGCCCCCUCAGUUGGGCAAGUCUAUGGCGAAGCAUUUCCCGCGACUGACCCUGAAGCAGGUUGAUACCUCGCACUGGGCUCUGUGGGAGAAGCCUGAGGAAGUCAAUGAGAUCAUUGGAACUUGGUUGAAGGACCAGUCCGUUGCCGAUGGAAGGGCUGGUAAGCUCUGA